UAUAGGCCUCAAUCCACAUCACACGUCAUUAGUUCUUAGAGGUGACGUGUCUGACUGUAUUUCAUUGGGUGGACGGUCGCGUUGGGCCUUUUUCUUUCGGGUUUGAGUGACUAGAGCUGGUUUGAAGUGACCAGGGAUCAACAUGAUGCGAUUUAUACUAGCUAUUUUGGUUCUUUGUCUGAGCCUUUGUGCAGCUGAGACUUGCACAGACCCCGUCAUUUCCCCGUCUUCAUACACGACGACAGAUGCUCUCAUCUCAUCUGAAACGGUGUUCAUUGUUGAGUUGAGUCUGGCGUGUGCAAACGGAGCACAGAGUGUUGCCCUGUAUGCAGAUGUCAAUGGCAAACAGUUUCCUGUGACCAGAGGCCAAGAUGUUGGUAAAUACCAGGUCUCAUGGAGUUUUCCUCACAAGCAGGCCAGUUCAGGCACAUACCAGGUUAAAUUCUUUGAUGAGGAGUCUUAUAGUACUCUAAGAAAGGCUCAGAGAAAUAACGAAGACAUUGAUGCCAUUAAGCCUUUGUUCACUGUCAAUGUGGAUCACAGGGGUGCAUGGAGUGGUCCCUGGGUGUCCACAGAGGUCUUGGCUGCACUGAUUGGCAUUGUGGUGUACUAUGUGGCCUACAGCACCAAAAGUGCCAUCCAGGCUUAAAAUCACUAAUACCGUAGAGGAAAGAAGUCUUAUAUAUAUAUAUAUAUAAAACAUGUGUAUAUCUAACAAAACUGUCAAGAAUUUAAGACUUGCAUAUUUUACAUCUGUGCUAUUAAUUUGAAACCUCAGAAAAACAAAAACUGAGAUGAAUUAUGUGUAAUUUAUCAUCGUGGUCCAGUUCUGUAUUUUGAAAUUUCCCAAAUGUCAAUGGGAUUAAAUGACUUUUUUGGAAGUGUUUCUGAUUUUUUUUUAAUCAUAAAUUUAAAGGGAUAGUCAGGACAUUACUGAGGUAAAAAAAAAAAAAACAGCACCAUCACUUUUUGAAAAGUCAUUUUUGAUAAAAUCUAGACAGGCCCCAUUUCCAGCAGCCAUCACUCCAACAACUUAUCCUUGAGUAAUCAUGAAAAAUUGCUCAUUUGAUACUAGAAAAUCACUUGCCAUUAUAUAAAACACAGUUGAAAGAUAUUUGGUUUGAUAAAUGAAGCUUAACAUUG